AUGGCUGUCCAAGUUGAACAAUCGCCAGCUCUCGAGCAAACAACAAUGGAAACAACUUCAGAUAAUUCGAUAGACACGUUAGAUGCCGUGGCCCGAAGACGAAUCCAAAAUCGCCUCAAUCAACGUGCGAGCAGAAAAAGGAAGGCUGUGGAGUAUAAAAAUCAACACAAAACGCCAGAUAGGAAAUGGGUUGUCUAUAUUGAGGAUUCAAACAUCCCCAAAAAGAAUGCAUUUACAGAAGAAGCAACAAGCCUUCAAGUUACUCAAUUAUCGCCCCCUCCCCGCCAGAACGAAGAAUAUUUCUGUUACUUAAACCCUGCCCAGCGCGAUGAGUAUAUGAAGCAACUCAGCGCAAAAGCCUUGCAUAUGAUAGAGAACCCAGUUCUCUCACGCAACCCCACUUUUUGCAUCACCCAGUACAAUGUACUUCGAGCUAUGUUAAUCAACGCCGAUCUCAUGGGCCUCACACUUGACCUUCUCACCGAAGACCUCGCAUCGCAGUUCAACCUCGUCGGCCCAUCGACGUCGGCGGUACAUCUCCCAGCAAGCCUAUGUCCAUCUCAGAAACAGAAGCAAAUCAUCCACCACCCCUGGAUCGAUUUGAUUCCAAUCUUAUCUCUACGGGAGGCCCUUUUGGCUAGGACAGAUGUAAUUGACGAAGAUGAACUAUGCGGCGAUUUUUAUGGAGUUUGUGCUUCAUCGCAAGAAGUCGGGCUUCGUGUUUGGGGCGAAGCUUGGGAUCCAUCUGCUUAUGAGGCCUCGGAGACAUUGAUUAGGAAAUGGAGCUGGAUGCUAAAGGAUUGUCCCGACAUAAUCACAUCUUCUAAUUACUGGAGGAAACGGCGAGGGGAAAAGCCCAUCAUGUUAAAGAUCAAGUGA